AUGAACGACUUCCUAAGGUUUUUCACAGCCUCCAGGAAAAAAAUAAUUAGUUUAAGGAGAAAUUUAAACACCAGUGCCCUCAGAUUAGGUUUUUUAGAUUGCUCGCCUAAUGCCCAGUUGGAUAAAAAUAUCGCUGAGAGAUUUAGGUGUUUGCCUAUACCAGAACCAAAAACUAUAGUUUCCUACGUAUGGAUCGAUGGUACUGGACUUGAUUUAAGAAUGCGAACUAUGACUUUAAAUGUUGUACCAUCCUCUCAUAAAGAGUGUCCUAUUUGGAGUUUCGAUGGCAAAAGCGCAAAUUUUUCUAGCAAAGACAAAACAGAAAAUUAUAUGGUACCAAUAGCUAUGUACUCUGAUCCUUUCAGAAGAGGUAACAACAAAAUUGUUCUUUGUGAAACCUUCACCCAAGACAAAAAACCUACAAAGAAAAACUUUAGGCAGGCUUGUGUGGAAGUCUUGAACAGAGUGUGCGACCAUGAUAUUUUGAUUGGGUUCGAACAAGAAUUUUAUCUUAAAGGUCCAGAUGGGAAACCUUAUGGAUGGCCUUGUGGGGCUAUUCCAAGACACGAUGGUAAAGGUUAUGCAGCUAUUGGAUCACAUCGAAUUAUUGGAAGAGAUAUUGCAGAAAGUGUUUAUCGAUGUAGCCUUUAUGCAGGAAUAGAUAUAUUUGGAGCACAUGCAGAGAGAGGAUUUUCUCAAUGGGAAGUUUUGACUGGACCAACUUCCAGUAUGAAGGCAGCUGAUGACUUAUGGAUUUUAAGAUAUAUUAUUCUAAUGGUGGCUGAAUUAUUUGGCAUAGCAGCUUCUUUUAAGACGAAAUUUGUUAAACAUGGUGCACCUUCAGGUUUGCAUACAACAAUGACAACCAAAGGAACUAGACAGGAAGGAGGAUAUAAAGCAAUACAAGAUAUUAUGUGCAAAUUGGAAAAAACUCACUCAACAGAUAUAAAUUCGUUCGAUUGUGCCGAAGGAAAAUGCAUCAAAGAGAGACUAACUGGAGAAUAUCACACUAGCAAAUUUGAAAAAUUCACCUAUGGUGUGGGCGACAGAACUGCUUCUGUAAGAAUACCUAUUGUAGUAGCUGACAAGAAAAAAGGUUUUUUUGAAGACAGGCGUCCUUGCAGUUGUGCAGACCCAUAUAGAGUUAUUAAAACAUUAGUUAAUUCUUCUCUCUGUUAA